UGGUGGCGUGCGUGGUUCCUCGCCGCCCGAGCUUCUUCCUCUCCCCGCAGCAGAAAAACGGAAAGGCUCCUGCGAGAGGCGGCGGGGGGUGAGUUGGUGCGAGCACCACCCGCGGAUCCCCCUCGUGAGCUGGUGAGGGGCUGCCCGGCCGAGAGGCGGAUGUUGGGGUUAGCGAUUCAGAUGACGACAGGAAACCAGAAACGGGCUAACGAGCCCCGACGGAACCGGCUCCGGCGUCGGUGGCUGCGGCCCUGAGAAGCGGGAGGAGAUGGGCCAGAGCGGGGAGAGCGGCUGAAGCUGCAGGCUGGAUGCGGCCGGGCCAUGGCGCAGCUGGAGCUGCUGUGGGCAGCCGCCGCGCUGAUGCUCUUCGGGGCCGCCGUCAGCCUCUGCGUCAAGUGCCAGCUCUCCGCCACCAAGCGGGAGAAGCACCCAAGUGAGCGAAGGAGCCAGCUCGAAAGCCAGCAGAGGUUUGAGGUGAUUCGAUCCCAUUCCAUGCUAGCUACAACCCGAAGGCUGGAGCAAAUUAAGGAACAUGAAAACUUGUCAAUAGCAAGGAAAACCACCAAGGAGCUUGGCACCUCCCGCCGCAGCGGAUACGGGAGCGGGACCGAGUGCAGGUACCAGAAUUUCCUGACAGAGGACUGCCUGCAAGGGGACGCUGCCUACGUGGAGCCCAUACCUCUGGAUUACUACAACUGUGCCAGGUUCUUCACACCACCCAACGAGAAAGAGGAGGAUUCCCAUUCCUAUCAAAAUGUCUUCAUUGAAGUGUCUCACGGCUCUGAUCCAGUCACAGAUGAUGCUUCAGACUACGAGAACAGCACAGCAAUACACAUAUGGAAACUCCAGCAGGCGGAAGCUCUGCAGGCAGAAAGCCCCGAUGACGAGCCAGACUACAUCAACACGGCCUCUGCAUCAGGUCCUGCCCCUCCUUCAAAGCAAAGUAUUCUGUAUAAAGUCUGAAGAAGUCCUUUGUGAGCUGUAAGAGCGCACCCAGCAAGCAUGCACUCAGGGAGAGGGGAAGACUUCAGUCUCUCGGUGUAAUCUCUUCUCCAAAUUGUGCCCAAGAUCACGCAGAAGGGGUGCUGCUGAAAGGAAGAAACGCUCUGCUUGAAGUCCCACGCAAGUCCAACUGCAAACCUGCGACUGGAGAAAGCACUCAGCCUGGCAGUGACCAUGGGCAAGCCAGGAGCUCGUUAUCCCACCUCACUUCCCUGCACGUCUACUCGAGGGAGUAUGGCCCGGCUAUGAAAUGUUUUCUCCUGUUAAACGUGAAAUGAAUCUUUAAAUUGCUGAACAGUAAUGCAGCCAGCUACUUAAUUUGUCAGGGUGACUCAUGCAUGAUGGUAUUAAGACACAGGGAUUAUGCUCUGAUUUAGUUCCCAUGUUCUCCUACAGAAGCAGUUUCCUACCAGAGAGGAACCAGCAAGGCAGAGGGUGCUUUUACAACAGCAGUGGUUCUCUGGAACUAAAUGAGAUACCAGUCUGUUCACAAAAGCUAAAGACUAAACGUUAUUAAAUCCCCACCUUAUCCACAGCUUAUAAUUCACAGUACCUGUCUAUGGCAGUUUUCCUUGUAUUUUGGUAUCCGUUUUAUAAUGAUGCAAAGGCCCUGCACCAGCUGAGAAGGUCAGGUCCACAGCUGCCAGCCUGAGAAGUUGUGCCGGUAUUGCCGUAGGAACAACAGCCCUGAAAACUAACCCUUGUCUCCCCAGCCCCGAUGCACAGAUUUGGCACCGUUGUACCACUUAUUUAUUAAAAUUGAAAAGCAUCCAAAGACAA